AUGAAUGGAAACGGCUAUCCCUACCCGAUGCGGUCCUUCCCAUCGAGUAGGCAGAACAUGAUGGACAACAUGGACAGUGGCAUGGGCGGGUUUGAAGACAUGAAUCAAGGGCAGAGCUUGGAUCAGGCAAGUCCAUAUGACGCCCUGGACCAGUUUUACGGUAUUGAUAGUCGACAGAUCGUCAGCCAAAAUGACAAGGCGGAAAACAUCAGGCGACAGAGCAUGCCUGUCUAUGCCAGCAAUGGCACCAAUAACAACAGGACACAACCCAUGGAAAUGUCGCCAGAGAGCAGGAGGCUGUCCAUGCUCAACUUUGGCGACCCCGGCGAUGCUGGCGAUUUCCAGUUCGACAUGCACGCAGCCGGCAUGAAUGACAUGAUGCGCAACAACCCCAGUUUCCCCCGCCCGUCGGGAGACAUGUCCCAACACAACAGGAACUCUGCAAACAACAUGGGGCUCAACACCCAGUUCCAGAACCAGAACCAGAACCCGCCCUAUUCGACCAUGGCUGCCCCAGGCUCUGCAUAUGCCUCGCCGCUGCAUCCCAGCGCACCACUUGACUUGGACAUGAGCCCUUAUCCAAACGGCAUGAACAUGUCAAUGGAUCUGGACGACUCGCUCAACAUGAUGUCAGGUGACAUGAACAUGUUUUCCAACAAUCAAUUCAACACGCCUAUGCUCGAGUCUCCUGUAACGCAAGAAUUCAUAGGCCCCAUGCCCGCACCUAAUCAGGACAAUUCCAUAUCCGCAAUACCGCAGGGCCACUUCAAGCGUCCCUCCUUGAGCAAUACUCCUGAGACCCGGUCUGGAGUCUCUGGAUUGGGUAGUCGCACAAGCAGCCAGGAUCAGAACAGUGCGCCCUCACAGUCUAGGCCCCAGAGUGAGCAACGUUCCUCCUCCAAGAGCAAUCUGCCGACGCAAAUGAGUCUGUCAUCUCUCAAAGCACAUCAACCUGUAGCUCUGGAUCCCGCACAAGACCUUCCAGAGGAAAAGAUGAACCAAUUAAAGGAUUAUCGGACUGCUUGGAAACCUCCAGCUGGUGGAUUCCCCUCCACUAUGCACUCGAAUCCACAUCAGAAGACCCAGUUCAAGGACGCUUACUCGUCGACGGGCUUUGAUAUGCUCGGAGUCCUCAUGCGAGUAGCUACUAGGCCUGACCCAGAAAUAGACAUCGGCUCUGUAGAUUUGUCUUGCGCAUUCGUGGUUUGCGAUGCUGAAAUGGAUGACAUUCCCAUUGUCUACUGUUCAGAGAACUUCGAACGCCUGACCGGCUACACGAGACACAUGAUCCUUGGCAGAAACUGCCGGUUCUUGCAGUCACCCGAUGGCAAAGUCGAAGCAGGUAUCAAGCGUAAGUACGUCGACGAUGACUCGGUUCUUUACUUGAAGAACAUGAUCAACACUCGCGCCGAAGCUCAAAUCAGCUUGAUCAACUAUCGCAGAGGCGGACAGCCAUUCAUGAACUUGCUUACAAUGAUACCUAUCGCCUGGGAGCCUGGUGGCCCAAUGAAAUUCAUUGUUGGUUUUCAAGUUGAUCUCGUCGAGCAGCCAGGUGCUAUGACGAACAAGAACUCAGACGGCUCGUACAGAGUCAACUACCAACGUGGCAUGAAUAUGCCAAGCUACGUGUUUAAUGAUUCUCAGAAACCGCAAUCCGAACAAGGCCAGACCAUAUCCAAGGAUGAGGUUUCGAACGUGCUCGCUACGUACACUGGUUCUGGGGAUUCAGAAAUCACAAGAAGGAUAUGGGACAAGGUUCUCCUCGAAAACACUGAUGACGUUGUGCACGUCCUGUCUCUCAAAGGACUUUUCCUCUAUCUGUCGCCUUCCAGUAGCCGGAUUUUGGAGUAUGAACCCAGCGAGCUUAUCGGCACAGCUCUGUCAUCUGUCUGCCAUCCAAGUGAUAUUGUGCCAGUAACACGAGAGCUCAAAGAGACAACGAAUGGAGGAUCAGUUAAUGUAGUCUUCAGAAUACGGCGAAAGAAGAGUGGAUAUAUGUGGUUCGAAGGCCACGGCUCCCUGCACACGGAACAAGGCAAAGGACGCAAAUGUAUCAUUCUGGUUGGCAGAGAACGACCCGUAUACACACUCAGCAAGACCAUCGUCCGCGAGUCUGGCGGUGUUGGUGACAACGAACUGUGGACGAAGAUGUCUACCUCUGGAAUGUUCCUCUUCGUGUCGUCAAAUGUGCGACAGCUCUUGGACAAGCAACCUGAGGAUCUUGUCGGCACUAGUAUUCAAGCCCUUAUGCGACAAGAAUCGAAGGUCCAAUUCGGGCGCAUUCUUGAACUUGCAAGAUCUGGCAGGAAGGGCGAGGUGAAGCACGAAAUGAUAAAUAAGAGAGGUCAGGUGCUGCAGGCAUUUACCACAAUUUACCCCGGAGACGCUACCGAGGGACAGAAACCUACUUUCAUUGUUGGGCAGACACGUCUACUCAAGUACUCGAGGAACAGCGCUAACCAUCGGCCGUCAAUGUACACAAAUAAGGAGCGACUCGGUGGAGGCUCGACUCACUCCAUUCCUACCCAGAACACUCUCAACUCACCCUACCCAGGAUCAGUACAAGAUCACACGGGUUCCAAUACUCCGAUCACCUCAUCGACCGAUGGUCGAUUCGUCACUACCGAAACAAAUGCAACAACACACGCUGGCCACAAUGGUCUGCAGCUCGGACACCAGGAUCAAAGUCUAGCUUCUGACGACAACGUGUUUGACGAACUGAAGACUACACGAAGCACGAGUUGGCAAUACGAGCUCCGACAAAUGGAGAAGCGUAACAGAUAUCUUGCUGAGGAAGUGCAGACCUUGCUCGCGGCCAAGAAGAAGAGGAAGAGGAGAAAGGGUGCUGGCCAGAUGCAGAAGGACUGCGCAAAUUGCCACACACGAACUACACCCGAAUGGCGCAGGGGACCAUCUGGUAACAGAGACUUGUGCAAUUCCUGUGGUUUACGAUGGGCGAAACAGCAAGGUCGUGUGUCGCCACGAACGUCGUCAGCAGCAAGCGACAAGAGCAAGAAGAGUCCAUCCCCACGCCAUCACAUGACUUUGCCAAAUUCAGUGCCCGAGACUGGGCAAAGUGCUGCCAUUCCUUCUGCGAUGGCUCCAGCGAGUAAGAGAUCCCCCACACAAGGCGGCGUUGGCGAUUCUCACGCAACAAAAGCAGCCCGCGUGGAGGCUGCUGUAUCUCAACGGUUCAUUCUGCCUCCCAAGAUCGAAGAAGUGGCGGAGCCAGGUUCAUGA